GGAGGGCGAGGGGCGGGGCCGACGCUGACGCUGCGCAGAGCCAAGACGUGGUGGUGGAGCCAGCAUGGGCGCUCCCGGCGGAAAGAUCAACCGGCCACGAACGGAGCUGAAGAAGAAGCUGUUCAAGCGACGGCGGGUGUUGAGCCGGGAGAGGCGACUGAAGCACCGGGUGAUCGGGGCUGUGAUAGACGAAGGGCUGAUCACGCGGAACCACCUGAAGAAGCGGGCGUCCAGUGCACGUGCCAACAUUACUCUCUCUGGGAAGAAGCGCAGAAAGCUCCUCCAGCAGAUCCGGCUGGCCCAGAAGGAGAAAGCAGCCAUGGAAGUGGAAGCCCCCACAAGGCCAGUCAGGACUAGUGAACCACGGCCGAAGCGGCAAAAGAAGACAAAAGCCCCCCAGGAUGUAGACAUGGAGGACCUUGAAGAUGAUAACUGAGUCUCUCACCCCUUCCACCAGAAGAUUCUCAGCUGGAGCCAGAAGGACUCUGGUUGUUUCAGAGGACUUUGGAGAAAGCAUUGCCCCUUUUCAUUCUCCUCACACUCCCCUUCCCUGAUGGCCUAGUAACCUGCCCCAGAGGGAUGUGUUGAGAGGAAGAGGGUGGAGAAGAAAGACUGGAGAAUGGGGCUCCCUCGCAGUCAGCUGCACUUUUAAUAAAGCCCUAGAGUUCUUACGGA